CAUGGUGGCGUGUAGGCAGCAUGUGAGAAGCUUAGAAGCUACACUAGUUUACAGUGUUAAUGUUAUAAACAGACUCAGUUUGCUUUGAAUUAAGGAAAGGGUAUUUUUUGAAUAACUGCUGACACAGAUUUACAGAAGAUGUUGACGUCUGCUGCCUUAUCGUGUAUGCGGAACGGGAGGAAAGUCUCAGUUCCUGUAGCUAAGUUAUCCUUCUCAACGGUUAAGAAGUCACCCAGAACCCUAAAUCUGACAGGGGUACCAGAUCAUUCACGACACCUACCUCCCAGCCUCCUCACAUCAGCCUUCUCUCCGCGGCUUGGACUAACAUCCAGAUCUGUGUUCAUAUCAGCCGCUUGUCAUGGAGGUACUGACUCCCAGGUUGACCCUUUGGUCCAAGCCGAGAGCGAAUCACCGGACCAGGGGAACUUCGGCGCCCUAUCCGCUGACAUGUCGUCCAGAAGGUCUUUUAGGAAAAGCAGCCCUCAAAUCCGGGAUCUAAGACACGACGAGGACGGUGAGGAGGAGCCGGAGAGACCUCACAGGAGGCCCGUGAGGAGAAACACACCGUACUGGUACUUUUUACAGUGUAAGAAGCUGAUCAAGGAAAACAAGCUUCAGGAAGCUCUGGAUCUGUUCAGCGGAAACAUGCUGCAGGAGGAGAGGCUACAGCCGGAGGAGUUCAACUACUCAGUCCUGAUAGGAGGCUGUGGCCGAGCUGGACAGCUCAAGAGGGCCUUCAAACUCUACAAUGAUUUGAAGAAGCGAGGCCUUGAAGCUUCAGAUGCUACCUACACCGCCCUGUUCAAUGCUUGUGCCGAGUCGCCGUCCAAACAAGCCGGCCUCCAGCAGGCGCUGAAGUUGGAGCAAGAACUUCGGCGGAAAAACUACCCUCUCAGCACCAUCACAUACCAUGCUCUUCUGAAGACGCACGCCAUCACCAACCACCUCCAGGCUUGCAUUCACACAAUCAGGGAGAUGCUGCAGAAUGGCCAUGUGGUGACUCAGGAGACUUUUCACUACCUGCUGAUGGGCUGUUUGAAGGACAAAGAAACUGGAUUCAGACUUGCUUUACAGGUUUGGCGACAGAUGGUGAGGUCAGGGAUCCAGCCUGACACACAGAACUAUAACCUGCUCUUACGAACUGCAAGAGAUUGUGGGAUUGGCGAUCCUGCCCUUGCCUCUCGUGUGCUUCUGAGUCCUGGCAGGACCUAUGAGAGGGAGGGAGUGUCACAUGUAAAGACAGAGAGUCAACAAAAGUGUCUGAUAGACAUUGAUCUUCUUGAGAGGCAGCUGUUCAUCCAGCCUGAUCCACUCGGUGACGUUCAUCAUGGCGGCAGAUACGGCGAGGAAACAGAGGAGGAGGAAACUUACAGCGGGAAAGACUCAUCACACUUGGUACCAGUCAGACAAACUGUCUCCCUGUCUGUUGACUCAGCUGCUGAUUUUUCUUCAGCUCCAAAUCUGCUCAGUGUUUUUGAGGGUAAGACGGGUGGCGUGGUCUCCCUCAGCAUGGUGGAUGGGGCAUCAGAUCGUCUUGCCCUCAUUGGAGGAGCUGAAGGAUUCCUGGAGAAGAUGGAGGCUAACAGUUUCAGCCCAGACCUCAGAACUCUGACCCUGCUGGCUGACACGAUGCAGCCGGGCUACACGUCUCUGCAGGCGCUGCUGAAGGUUGCCAAACAGCACAAAGUGAAGCUCGAUGUUGCAUUUUUCAACUCUGUGAUUCGCAGAGCAGCCAGAGCCGGUGACCUAGAGGGAGCAAAGGCUGUGCUGAGUGUGAUGCGACAGCGUCAUGUAAGCGUAGAUGUGCAGACAUUUGGAAGCCUGGCGUUGGGCUGUGAGCGAGAGAAGGACGCUCUACAGCUGCUGAAAGACAUGGAGGAGGUGGGACUCAGGCCAAAUGUCCAGGUUUUCUCUGCUCUGAUUGGCCGAGCAACACGAAGACUGGAUUAUAGCUACCUUAAAACGAUCCUGAAAACUAUGAGCACUAUGAAGGUGUGGCCUAACGAGGUCAUCAUCAGACAGCUGGAGUUUGCCUCACAGUAUCCACCCAACUAUAACCAGUACAAGUCUAGAAACAACUACCUGAUCCAAAUCGACGGUUUCCGUGGUUACUACCAGCACUGGCUGAGAUAUAUGCCUGCUCAGAGCGCCGAGGAUGAGCAGGCGAAGCUGAAGACGGAGCCAGACGCUGCAGUGCUGAAAACAGAGACUACAGACGGACUGACAGAGAGCCAAAGAAACCCAAAAGCAGAAAGGAAAUUUAACACUCGUAAAAAGUACAAAACGAGCAGCUCCACUCUGCAGCAGCACUCAUGAAUGUAUUUAACUCUUUGCAUCCAGCUCUAUCAACUCAGAUGGACUUUGAAUUAAACACGUAGCUUGUGGGAGUGAAUUUGUUAAAAUAUGUAUGUUUUUGUAAUAUAUAUUGUAAUAAUGUGAAUAGAUCAGAACGUGAUACUCGAGACAUUAGAGUUUAUCUUGACAUCUUGUUGCAUUAUGUUAUUAAACAUAAUGUUUUAAAGAAGUGUUAAGUUGCUGAGUGAAUAGUGGCCUUCUUAAAUUGGCGGCUUGUUUUCACCUAACCUUUUUACCCAGAGACUUGAUGAAGAGAAAUAAUAUAACUAUACUAAUGAGACAAAUUUCCCUAAUCCCAAGUCUAGCAUAGCAGCUAGCCUUAAAGGAAGAAAAUGCUUUAAAUUUAAGUUGUUCUUAUAUCAUUUGCAACAUCAUCUCACAUACUGCAUAUGCCUCUUAUUUCUAUUCAUGAAUCUUUCACUUCCAGCGACUAGACCAAUUUACUUGGACCAAUCGGGACUUGAACCAGUGCUUCUGUUUUCAGCCCAAGUCCUCAAAAACUAAGCUACUGUCGCUCAAAUUACAACCAUUAAUCGAAAUGUACUAGUUAUAGGUUGGGACACUGUUUAAAAUGUAAAUAAAAAUAGAAUGCAAUGACUUUCAAAUCUCAUAAACCCAUAUUUUAUUCGCUAUAGGGCACAACAUUACAUAAUAUCAAAACAUUCAAUAAAUCUGGAAAAAUACCAAUGAAAAGGACAAGGCCGAAGGUCAAUAUGGGAUGCUUGUGAUGUUUGUGCCCUCAGAUGUCACUGCAUUAAAAACAGUCAUGGUUCUGUUCUGGAAAUCACUUCAUGGGCUCAGGAACAUUUCCAGAAAUCAAUGUCUGUCAACACAGUUUAUCGUGCCAUCCACAAAUCAUAGUUAAAGCUGUCUCAUGCAAAGAAGAAGCCAUAUGUGGAUUUGAUACAGUAAUGUUGCAGUCUUCUCUGGGCCUCAGUCCAUUUUAAAUGGACUGAGGCAAAAUGGAAAACUGUUCUGUGGUCAGAUGAAUCAAAAAUCUGACCUUCUCAUUGGAUGCCCUGUCCUGCUUGCUGAGUCAAGUGAGGCCUGCAGGUCUUUAGAUGUUGUUCUGGGCAAUUUUAUGACCUCCGGCCACUUCUGGGAGAUUCGUAACUCAUGCUUAAGUGUACUAACUUGGUUUAAGCGGUGGGACAAUGCUCUAAAACUCACCAGCAAGUCCACCUGUGAAUGGAGUAAGAAAAGAAAUGAAGGUUUUGGAGCUGCAAGGAACUUAAAUCUGAUUGAGAUGCUGUGGCAUGCCCUAAAACAGGCCCUGUAAGGACAAAAUCCCUCCAAUGUGGCCGAAUUAAAACAGUCCUGCAAAGAAGAGUGGAACAAAAUUCCUCCAUGGUGAUGUGAAAGACAUGAGGCCUGCAGCUGUUGUCCCAAAGGUGGCAAAACCAUCAGGUUAAGGGGGCAAUUAUUUGUUCUCAUAGGGCU